AGCUGCUGGGCUGUGGUGUGGUGCACUCUUUUGGGCUCAAAAAGCAGCUGGUCUAGAAGCAUUUAGUAGGCUGGUCUCCUCAGUUUUGUGUAAGUAAAGGGCUAACUUCAAUGCUUCCUAAUGCUCAGGGAGUAAGGAUGGCUAAACGAGCCUCAGGCAUGGAACCCCAGCAGUUGCCUCACCUCUUCCUGACACCUUCACCCGAGGUCCUGGGUGAGAUACUGAGUGAACAGUUUGGCUCACUGCCUUCCAUGGCCCCCAUCACCCGCAUGAAGAGGAAGUCCUCUGGCCACUACCUUCCCACUGAGAACCGGGAGCAGGUCCUGGGUCGGAGACGUGCUGCCAACGCCAAAGAGAGAGAGAGGAUAAAGAACUUGAACAGUUGUUUUUCCAAGCUCAAAUCGAUUGUGCCGCUGAUUCCAAAGGACCGAAAGCCAAGUAAGGUCGAUAUGCUUAAAGCCACAGCUGAAUACAUCCGCCUGUUGCGCUUGAUUUUGGAUGAAACUGGAGGGCUUGAGGUGGAAGACCCACCAGAACAAAAUCCUUCUGGGCCUACUUCAGCGCCAGAGCCUCUAGAGAGGUGCUUACCGGGAAACCCCGCAUCGCAGAGAUCCAGCAGUUGCACUAAUACAGAUAAUGAUGUGGGGAUGGUUUGGACAAACCAGAGGGUGCCGGAGGCCCCUGUAUGGGCAUGGGAGGAAACUCUUCUGCCUGCCUAUGUGGGGAUUGUAGAGCUUCACAAAAAUUGAUAGCUGAGCCCUCCUUUGGGAUGGAUGAAGGAUCUUCUCUUCAACGCUGAGCACUUACAGAAGGGAACUCAGAACUGAGUUCUUAUUUUCUGAGUUUGUACUUAUUCUAUUUAAAAGAUAAUUAAAGUUGCUAUGAUUAUCA